CCAGUGUGGGAGGAGAGGCCGGCAGAAAAAGGGUUAACCUGGCCUCUCGGAGGGAGGCCGUCCAGCAGAGGGAGGCUGCCAGCCCCGGAGCCCAUGGGCGGCCCAGCCCGGAGCUGGCAGAUAUAAAGGCUGCUCCCAGCUGCAGCGGCGACGCUUCGGCUUCUGUGACGACAGGCACUCCGCUUCCACGCGUGCAGCCAGUGGCCGAGCACAGCCCCGAGGCCGGCCAGGAGCCCGGAGGACGGGGUCUGCUCAGAGGGGCACAGGCGGGGCGCCGGCUGUGGCACAGACAGUAGUUUUCCUAAGACUUCCAAACCCGUCUCCACAUUACCUCACGAGCCAGCCAUUCGCCAUCACAGAGGCUCAGGGGCGAGGCUGACUCACGGCCGUCCGCAGCAGGGAGCCCCCGGGGAGGCGCCUGCUCCUCUGCCUCAGCUCAGUGCCUACGUCUCUGUCCUCCCAGAAGACACACCUGAGGAGCCUUCCCGCCCACAGGGCACCUGGCCGCAGAAUGAAGGGUGCAGGGUGCACGGCGCCCCUCUGCUCCCAGGUGCCCGCAGGAGCGGGUCGUGCAGAGCCCGCGCAGCCCUCCUCCUGCAGAGCAGACCCCCGCCGCCCGGCUCCUGCUGAUGAGUGACCGUCGCCCGGCUCACUUCUGAGGACAGACCUUUCUCUCUGAGAUGGAUUUGCUGUUUAACACGGGUUUUCCAGAGCCUGGCGGCACAGCCUGAAGCCGCACACGGUGGAGGUGUGAGCAUGACUUCCCGAGCGCCUGUCUCUGGCAUGGAGACCGACCCCGGAGCCUUCGACGGCACCCCCGUGGCGCUCAACCUGUCCCGCGCGCUGGCCGGCAGGGCGCUGGCCAACCAGACGGGGGGGUUGGCGGCGCCCCCGCCCCCGCAGUACGCCGUGGGGCUCUUCCUCUCCUGCCUCUACACCGUCUUCCUCUUCCCCGUCGGCUUCGUGGGGAACAUCCUGAUCCUGGUGGUGAACCUCAGCGCCCGGGACCGGAUGAGCAUCCCCGACCUGUACUUCAUCAACCUGGCGGCGGCCGACCUCAUCCUGGUGGCCGACUCGCUCAUCGAGGUGUUCAACCUGGACGAGCAGUACUACGACAUCGCCGUGCUCUGCACCUUCAUGUCGCUCUUCCUGCAGAUCAACAUGUACAGCAGCGUCUUCUUCCUCACCUGGAUGAGCUUCGACCGCUACCUGGCGCUGGCCCAGGCCAUGCGCUGCGGCCUGUUCCGCACCAAGCACCACGCCCGGCUCAGCUGCGGCCUCAUCUGGAUGGCCUCCGUGUCCGCCACGCUGGUGCCCUUCACCGCCGCGCACCUGCAGCACUCCGGGGACGCCUGCUUCUGCUUUGCCGACGCCAAGGAGAUCCAGUGGCUGGAGGUCACCUUGGGCUUCAUCAUCCCCUUUGCCGUCAUUGGCCUCUGCUACUCGCUCAUCGCCCGGGUGCUCAUCAAGGCCCACCGGCGCCGGGGCCUGCGCCCGCGCCGGCAGAAGGCGCUCCGGAUGAUCGUGGCCGUGGUCCUGGUCUUCUUCGUCUGCUGGCUGCCCGAGAACGUGUUCAUCAGCGUGCACCUCCUGCAGCAGGCGCAGCCCGGCGCCGAGCCCUGCCAGCAGUCUUUCCGCCACGCCUACCCGCUCACCGGCCACAUCGUCAACCUCGCAGCUUUCUCCAACAGCUGCCUGAACCCCCUCAUCUACAGCUUCCUGGGGGAGACCUUCCGAGACAAACUGCGGCUGUACCUGGAGCAGAGAGCGAGCGUGUCGGCCCUGAAUCGCUUCUGCCACGCGGCCCUGAAGGCCGUCCUCCCGGACGCCGAGCAGCCGGAGGUGCGGUUCAGCAGCGUGGCGUGACGGUGGCUGCUCCCGCAGACUCAGCACCACCCGGACGGGGUCAGGGCCUGUCGGGCCUCUCCAGCUGAGUGCUGCCCCCCUCGGGCUCUCAGGCUCCCGCACCCGCCGCUGCUGCCUGUGCUGUAGAGCUGUGCCACCACGUGCUCCGAUGGCAGUCUUGCAUGGCCAACGGCAGGGGACUCACGGCCCUCUCUGUGCAGACUGUCUCGCGGCAGCAUGGAGGGCCUGGUGGAGUGCCUCGUGUCAGUAGCUCGCCAGGAGUCUGCCCUCGGGGGAAACAGAGCCGAGGCUGCUCUGAGCUGGUAAGGCCCUGUGCCCCCACCCCGCCCCGGCCCCAUGGCCGUACUCUGCGUGCGCACCCAGUGCCCUUGGUCCCCAGGCGAGUGAGUGACACCUCCGCUCUCUUCCAUCCCACCUGGACGCAGCGUCUCUGAGGGCGGCUCUGGCACGGGCGCGACGCUCCAGCUCGCGGGGACAGUGAGAACAGUUCUGGAAAACGUAAAGAGGCGACACCGGUGGUGGCCAGCGCUGCUCGGCUGUGCUGUGCCUCCAGGUUCUCCAAGCAGCGCCCUCCGGGGGCAGGGGCUCAGAGACCCACAAAGCCCCCGGCCGAUGCGGCUCCUCACCCACGUGAGCUCUGAGAGGCCAACAUCUCAACGCAGCUCCUGGCACAGCGGCACCUCUGGGGGUCUGACCCCUGCUGCACCAUCCUUGAGCAGAAUGUUCCCCGCGCCUCACUCUUCUAGAAGGUUCUGGCUGCCAGCACAAGCACAACCCACAGCCCUGCAGGGACAGCUGCAGCUCCGGGUGGGUAGUCAGCGAGCCCGCAGGCGGGGUCCCCAGAAGUAGGCAGGCCUGUCCAUCAGGGGGACGGGCCCAGGGACAGCAGUGGGGCCCCCACAGGCUGCACUGGACGCACCGAAUCAGCACCAGCCUCCGGGCGGGCAGGGGAGUGUGUGCUCACACCUGCGGCUUAGCUGUCACACACCCAGAAAAUGUCGCCUCUUCCACGAAUCUGAUUUCUGCUGCUGACCAGGGGUGCGGUCCCGCCUGGGAAUACGAGCUUAAAGCCAAGGGGUCGUAGGCCACCAGACUGACUGACCCUAAGGGUCCUCCAGGGUGGCCUCCACCCAGAGCUCAUCGCAGGACUCCAGCUGCGACUCGAGGUGACUGGAGCCCUGGGGUGCAGGGUCCUUGCACACAGAGCCUGUGCGCCCCCAAGCCCUGCACAACCAUGAAUGAGCUGGUCCUGAGCCAUGUCUGCCCUGCGUCUCCUGGGAGGAUGGCUGUCCGAGCCGUGGUUCCCAGGGCCCUGCACUGGCUCUGGAGGAAGCCAGCUGCGGGGACCCGUCUCGCUGAGCCGCCACCUGGACCCAGGUGAGUCGCCCCGUCCCCAGGAGACCUGGGUCCUCCAGGGAAGUCACCGCUUCAACCAGCAAGUCGGGGGCAUCCUCCGGAGACCAAGUCCACACAGAACACGCCGUCCCUGGCCAACGACGUGGCAUUUUUCUCCGCUGACUCAGAAACUCAAAUGGCCAGGAACGGAGAAACCCCAGCAGGCCCUGUCUCCGAGGGCACGUCUCCUCGUGCAGCUCCUUCCGAGGAACGCAGUUAAUGCGAAAGGUCCUCCUCGCCGCCCAGCGCCCGGCUGCCCGAGGGCAGACUCCUCAGGGCUCCCGUCCCUUUCUGAGUCCCCGGAGUCUCACAAUUCCACCCCCACCCGACCCCAGGCGAUGGCGGCUCGGACAACACAUGUCCAAUCCCCCUAAAAGGAUGGACUCCCGCCCUGGCUGGUGUGGCUCAGUGGACAGAGCGUUGGCUCCGUGUUCAAUUCUGGUCAAAGGCACAUGCC